AUGAGUACCACUGCAACAGAUCCCUCAGUUCAACCUGGACACGGUGGACAUGGUGGUCAAACACAAACUGGCACUCAACUUCCUGAUCCUUCUACAAAUACUACUGCAGCGGAUCCCUCAGUACAGGCUAGUCAAGGUGGUCAAGGUGGUCAAUCACAAACUGGCACUCAACUUCCUGGCUCGUCAUCCGAUCCUUCUGUAAGUACUACUGCAACGGAUCCCUCAGUUCAGUCUGGACAAGGUAGUCAGGGUGGUCAAACACAAACUGGCACUCAACUUCCUGGCUCGUCAACGGAUCCUUCUCCUGGCCAAGGUAGUCAAGGUGGUCAAACACAAACAGGCACUCAUCUUCCUGGCUCAUCAACGGAUCCUUCUACAAGUACUACUGCAACGGAUCUCUCAGUUCAGCCUAGUCAAGAUCCUUCAACAAGUACUACUGCAACGGAUCCCUCAAUUCAGCCUGAUCAAGGUAGUCAAACACAAACUGGCUCUCAACUUCCUGGCUCAUCUAGUCUCUACAAGUAA